CCGCGAAUUACCCUCCUUUUUCUAGGAUGGAAAUUUCCUUAUGUUUGGUAUUAUUGUUACAAAACACUCGUCGAAGUUCAUAUGACAGCUAUCGGAAGGAAGAGCCUUCUAAUUUUGAUACUGUUGCAAGAUGGCACAAAACGGCACAACGGAGAUUCGUCAGAAUAGUGUUCCCAAGAUGGCUGCAAAUGGCUUUGUUUCGAAAGAAAAGUCUGUUAAAACAUCCUCAGAACCUGGUGGAACAGCAAGGUUUCCAGCAGAGGAGGAACGUUUCCUGCGAGAUCUGUUUGAAAUGAUUUUGAAAGACGCUGUCAAGGAUUCGUUAAAUCCAAACAGUAAGGUGGUUAAUUUCAAGCACCCCCAGGAACUGACGAGUCUGUUGGAUCUGGAAAUCGACCACAAGAGGACGUCCAACGAGGAACUUAUCAAGCUGUCGCGCGAGAUCAUUAAAUACAGUGUGAAAUCAGGUCAUCCUCAUUUCUUUAACCAGCUCUAUGGAGGAUUCGACACAUACGGUCUAGCAGGGGCGUGGCUGACGGAUGCACUAAAUACCAGCCAGUACACUUUUGAAGUAGCGCCCGUGUUCACUUUGAUGGAGAAGACGGUGCUAGGCAAGAUGGGUCGUUUGGCUGGUUUCAAUGAUGGAGAUGGGAUAUUCUGUCCAGGUGGGUCUGUCUCUAACAUGUACGCGAUAAACUUGGCACGCUUUAAGAAGUUUCCUUCCGUCAAGACGGAUGGCAUGGCUGGUCUUCCCAAGAUGUGCAUCAUUACGUCGGAGGAGGGACACUACUCUAUGAAGAAGAUGGCCGCCACUCUUGGUAUGGGAAUGAACAGCAUCAUUCCAGUGCAGUGUGACGACCAAGGUCGAAUGAAGGUGGACAAGGUGGAGGAGGCGAUCAAAACAGCUCAGAAAAAUGGAAUGGUUCCAAUAAUGGUGAACGUGACAUCGGGCACGACGGUUCUGGGAGCGUACGAUCCGCUGGACGCCAUAGCAACCGUGUGCAAGAAACACGGAAUCUGGGUCCACUGUGACGGGGCCUGGGGCGCGGGCUGCCUGCUGUCGAAGAACCUCAAACACCUCAUGAAAGGAAUCGAAAAAGCUGAUUCCCUGACGUGGAACCCGCACAAGAUGAUGGGAUCACCGCUACAAACAUGUGCCUUCCUAACACAGCACAAGAAUCUGCUGGCGGAGUGUCAUUCUGCGAAGGCGAAGUACCUGUUCCAACAGGACAAGUUCUACGACGUGAGCUACGACACAGGCGACAAGUCCAUACAGUGCGGCCGCAAGGUCGACGUGCUCAAACUGUGGAUGAUGUGGAAGGCCAAGGGAGAUAACGAGUUCGCCAGAGACAUCGAAAACAUAUUCGACUGUGCAAGGUACUUGACAGAAAAACUUAAAAAAACAGAAGGGUUUCGAUUGGUUUUGCAAAAGCCCGAAUGCACCAAUGUUGGUUUCUGGUACAUACCGCCCAGUUUACGAGGUCAGAAGGAGACCAAGGAGUGGUGGGACAAGGUUUCCAAGGUUGCACCUGCGAUAAAGCGGCUGAUGACGGAACAAGGCACGCUUCUGGUUGGCUAUCAGCCAGACCGAGAGUGGGUCAACUUCUUCCGGAUGGUCAUCUCGAACACCGCGACCACUCACCAAGAAAUGGACUUCGUAGUAACGGAGAUCGACAGGCUCGGCAGAAGUUUGUGACUCUUGUCAGAAGAUCUAGCUGUUUAGUUACAAAACGGAAUGAUCUGAUAGUUUUCUGAUAGAGGUGAUGAUUAAGCUGCAAAUUUUAAAAACAAUUGGUGAAUUUUAUUUUAAAAUGACAGACACUCGCCAGAUUCACCCGUUGCGAAUUUUAAAAAUAAUUGGCAAAUUUUAUUUUAAAGUGAGAGACACUCGCCAGAUUCACCAACUGCAAAUUUUAUAAACAAUUUUAAUAUAUUUUGGCUGACCCUAGUUUUUUAACACUAAAACAUAUUUUUCAAUAUUAGAGCCAUUUUUGAUAAUUAAAAUCAGAUAUUACUUAGAUUUUAUUGGAUAGAUUAUCCAUUUCCAUACAUUCGAAGUGUUUCUGAUCAUCAUGCCUGGGCAUUGUAAAACAUUUUAGAAUCUGAACUCAACACUCAGACUUUAUCGUUAUGGCAACCCCAUACAAACAGCAUGCGUGUGAUGGCAUUUGAGAUUCAAUCUAGACUCUUAAAAACUUUUAUAAGCACGAGUCCUGGUGUGUCUUUAAUUCCAUCAAAUGAAUUUAUCUUAUUUUUAAAAAUGCACCUCUGAGAAGUAAUGGUUAUGAAGAUGACCUCUUGCCUACUUACAUGUACUGAGGGUACAUGUACUGACGUUUCAACGUCACAGACUCUGUUGUAACCUUGUCCAGAUGUGUUCGAGGUGUCUAUGUAAACCAGACUUAGUGUCCAUUUUCACAGGUCGAAACUAGGGUCUGUGACUUUAAUGUGAUGAAAAUAUUUCAUGUAAUAAUUGAUAUUUUGUUGGACAAUAACUGUAUGUUUCUGUUAUAUUUGAUAAUCAGGCGAAAGUUCCUGCUCACCCAGAGUUAGCCCUGCGAUUCAUUAUUCAUUCUGUUUCAGGCUUGAAUAAAUAAACGGUGAUUAAUCUAGGUAAAAGCAUUAUUGGCAGAAGUUAGGGGAUUUCGUUUACUAACAUGAGCUCAAAAUGGCUGUUUUAACUAAACAUAAUAUAUAAAUAAUCAACAGGGCCAUAGCUAGUGGGGGCAAAGGGAAGCAGUUGCCCCGAGAAACACCCCCCCCCCCCAAAAGAUAUAUAAAUAAAUAAAUUACUGGUUAUUGAUAUUAAUAUUUUAAGUAUGUAACCUCCCUAAAAUAGCUGUAAAAUGGUAUUUUAGUGUCUUUAGAUUUUAAAAUUUCCUUAUCCAUUCUGUUUUAGUCUUAAAUAAAAAAAUAAAAAAAUUGUAAAUAAUUUCAGUUUGGUUUGACGUAAGAAGAAAAGUAAAAGUGUUUAGGAAAGAACAAAAAAACCCACCCUAUUUUUGUGUGCAAUUUCGAAAAUGAUCGGCUCAGAAAUAAAUAACUUGUAUAGUAAAUUUCAUAGUCUGAAAAAAGGCGUUCUCUGUGGGACAGACUAUAUGUAAAAGCAUUAUUGGUAGAGGUUAAGGAAGUUUGUUUACAAACAUCAGCUCAAAAUGGCCGUUUUAACUAAAUCUAAUAUAUGAAUGUUAAGUUGCAAAUUUACAAUUAAAUAUAUUUGCCAAGCUCGACUUCAUUUACAGAUUGGUUAAUCAUAGCAUAAAAUGUUUAGUUAAAAAUCAUCAAUUUUGUAAUGCUUUAUUCUUUAAAUGCUAAAUGGGUAGGGUUUGAGUCUUUCAAGUUUGUAAUGCUUUAUUCUUUAAAUGCUAAAUGGGUUGGGUUUGAGUCUUUCAAGUUUGUAAUGCUUUAUUCUUUAAAUGCUAAAUAGGUAGGGUUUGAGUCUUUCAACUUUGUAAUGCUUUAUUCUUUAAAUGCUAAAUGGGUUGGGUUUGAGUCUUUCAAGUUUGUAAUUGCUCAGUUGUGUUGUUUUUGUUGUGUUUUUUAUCUUUCACGGCUAAUUUUGUGUUAAAAUAAUUUGAUCAAAUUUGAUUGUAUUUGAUCUGAAAUUUUCAAAUAAAUAAUUGAUAUAUCAUCCCCCCCCCCCCUACACACACACACACCCCAAUGGUGCCUGUUCUUUGAUAAUGUUUAUAUGGAAUUGUUAACCUAGAUGACAUAAAAAUGUAUUGACUGUCCAGUGAUAGUCGUAUGAAACCAGCUGAACGUACAAUAGUUGUAUGAAACCAGCUGGCCAUAUGUUGAUAGUGAAAAAUUACAAAUUUGUCAAAGAAGCAGUCACAUUUGUAUUAGUAAAUGAUGUUAAACUAUGGUGAGGUGAGAUUGUGAGUUUAUUAAAUCUGUAGUUGUGUUUGUAUUUUACUUUAGUAAAUGAUGUUAUGAUAUGGUGAGGUGAGAUUGUGAGUUCAUUAAAUCUGUAGUUAUGUUUGUAUUUUAUAUUUGGAAAUGUUGAUAUACCUGUAAGAUUGAGAGGAGAGAUUUUAACUUUGAUAUGUUAGCUGGGUUUUUUUUUUUUUAAUGGGUCUCACAUCCAUGAUAUUUGUUCACCGUCUGUAGGAAAACCAGGCCAACGUCACCAGUAGGAAUUCUCCGAUAAUGUCAUUUUAAAUAAUUAGCUCACAAAUACAGUUAAACCUCUCAAUACCGGACAAUAAACCGGAAUUCCCUCAAAACCGGACAUUUUUCACAGCCCCUUUCUGAAUAUCAAUAUGGAAGAGUAUCUCUCUAAACUGGAUACCUCUUGAAACCAGACCUUUUGCUUGGUCCAGAGGGUGUCCGUUUUAGAGGAGUUUUACUGUAGUCCCUUUUUUAAAAAUAAAAUAAAUAAUGCAAAACAAUAUCUUUAUUUUUGGGCUAUGAAAAUUCUGAAAGAUAUAAAACAUGAUUGUUUCACUUUGACAAUAUCAGAUUGAGUGGAAGCUGUCUAAACUGGACAUUCACGGAAUCAAGUAAAAAGUCUGGUUUUAAGCGUAGUUUUAUUUAAAAUGACACCCUGAAAAAUGUCUGCUAUUGGAGGGGGGGGGGGGGGGAAUUCUGGUUUAUGGAGGGUCCAGUUAUGACAGGUUCAGGACUUCUGGAAUUGUUAUAAAAAAUCCACUAGCCUUUGGAUCAGUGAUUUUAAAAAUUUACUAGCAAUGAAUAAAAAAUUUCACUAGCCCUACUUUAAAUAAGUAAAACGGUAUUACCGUCGGUAAUAAUCAUACAUGUAUUUGUCACCUAAAGAUGGAGAUGGAGCUUAAAAAGCCUUAGAUUGGGGGUGGGAAGAGGGGGCAGGGUAUUCAUAUUUACAAAAUAAGACUUAAAUGUAGUAAUAAUCAGACAUGUCACCUAAAGAGGGAGAUAGAGGUUAAAAAGCCUUAGAUUGGGGGUGGGAAGAGGGGGCAGGGUAUUCAUAUUUACAAAAUAAGACUUAAAUGUAGUAAUAAUCAGACAUGUCACCUAAAGAGGGAGAUAGAGCUUAAAAACCCUUAGACUGGGGGUGGGAAGAGGGGGCAGGGUAUUCAUAUUUACAAAAUAAGACUUAAAUGCAGCUUUUGACAAGGUGUUUUUUUUUCACCAGUCGUUGGGCUAGUUAUGGUAAUUUUAAUUUUAAUACAUUUUUUAAAAUCCAGAUUUUUAUUUUUUGUACUUUGGCAGGGUUUUCUCAUAGACCGUCAUAAUUUACACUCGGUGCAGCUAAAUGAGAACAUGUGCUGUGAUACUCCCAAUCUCGGGCUGAAUGUGGCUUUGGAUUGAAAUGACUUCUCUGAAUAAACACGGGUUUUACUGUGUAACAUUAGAAGUGUAAGGAGAUAGGUAGGUCAUAAUACAAUAAUAAUAUAUCAUAUUCAGAUAUGUGGAGCACAUAAUGUACAUUGCAUAAUUUAGACCAUAUUUAAGUAGAUCCAAUAGCCAAUGAUUAAUAAAUCAAUGUGCUCUAGUGAUGGUGUAAAACAAACUUAACUUGUUGAAAAAGCUAUAGGUAAUUAUUGAUUAAUGAAUUUUCCUAAUACUGAAUUACCAAAUGUUUGACAUCCAAUAGCCGAUGAUUAAUAAAUCAAUGUGCUCUAGCAGUGUUGUUAAACAAACCAAACUUCUUCUUUUUUAAAUAUUGAAUUGUACAUGUAGUUAUCUCCCUUGAAUGACAAUCCCAGUAAAAAUUCAGUAAGGUUAACGGGAUUUGUGUACAAAUAAAAAUAUAUGUAUUUAGGCUACAUAUACCAUUAGUGUAUUACUAUGUAUUCAACAAAGCCAGCUUGUCAGAUCUAAGCAAAGUAAAAAUUAUGUGGAUUCCGAGAACACUUUUCAGAUAGAAGAACUGCAAAUCAUGAAAAUAUAUGUAACAUGAUAUUAUUGGGUUGGGACAGGUUACACACUAAAAUAUAUCUUGCUCGCGUUAAUUUUAUGAUUUAUAGUAUAUUGAUAAUGACUUUCAGAUGAAAAAAAAUCUUUAAAUUUUAUUUUAAAAAUAAAUAAAAAAAUUAAUUUUAUAAUUUUGAUUAAAAUACAUUCAGAUGCACUUUUCAUUGCGUUUUUACUCCACAAAUGAGACCUUUGCACUCAGUAAGCACAUAUAUAUAGAUAUAUAUAUAUAAAUAGGUGUAAUGAUUAAUGGUGUGUAACAGUUUUGUACUUUACCAUACAUAAUUCAGGUGCCGAUCUAGGAAUGAUUGCAUAUGGGGGCAGGUUGGGGGAGAGGAGGUCUACAUGUAACUAUAUUACUAUUGUAUAUUAAUGGUGAAUGCACUUUUAAGUGGCAAACAAAAUUUGAUCCAGGAAUAUCUGUAGGUGGUGGUGGGGGGAGGAGAUGGGUUUCUAUAUGUAACUACUUGAAUGGAACUUGUAUAUUAACGGUGAAUGCAUUUUAAAGUGGGGAGGGGGACCCCCUCAAAAUGCCCUGGAUCUGCACCUUGUUGUGUAAUACAGUGAUUACACCGAUUGAUUGGAGUUUGACGCCCAAUAGCCGAUAUAUUUCUCGUGCUGUGGUGUCGAUAAACAUUCAUUCAUUCAUUCAUUCAUUCAUUCCAAUUGACUGGACUUUCUAUGUUACAAUAAUGAAAAUGAUCACAAUAAUAAUAUUUCUUUUCAACAUCACCUGUCCUCAAACAAAUGCAUUUUCCCCUAAGGAUAGUAGUCUGGUUCGAACAUCCCAACAACCAAUGGGAUGGCUUAACAUUCUUCAACUGCACACCACUUCCUGUCCCGGUCACUCCAAGUUUUCUCCAUGUCUUUUGUAUGCAUCUCGAAUAAAGGUCACGAGAUGAUAAUUUUGAUUGGUUGUCGUGAAUGUAAUUUGCACCAGAUGUAUUCACCUGUUACUUUGAUUACUGUUUCAAUAUGCAGUUACUUCUAAAGAGAGGAAGUCCACACUCAAUAAUUGGUAUUCCAUAUACAGUGAAACCCCCUCUAAACCGGACACCCUCAAACCAAGUAAAAUGUCUGGUUUUAACAGGUAUCUAUCUGGUUUAGAGAGGUUAAGCUAUGUAUGGAUUUCGAAAAAGGGACCAUGAAAAAUGUCCGGCUUUUUUUUUCUGCUUUUUUUUUCUGCUUUUUUUUUCUUUCUUUUUUAGGGAAUUCCGGUUUACAAAGGGUCUGGUUUUGGGAAGUUUCACUGUAUUUGAAAUCAGGGGUCGAAAUAGUGUCAUCCCAACCAGUUUUUGCCAGUCAACAUCUUUUUCCUUUUUUUCUUUUUUUUCACUGUCCUGCUGGCAAUUAUUUUAUGUUUAUAUUAGUUUUGAGUGAAACAUGUUUGGUCCGGCAGAUUUUGAUUCGGGCUGGUAGAAUUCAUAGCUUGCCGGACCUAAUCUCCAAUUUCAAGCCCUGGAAACAAGUAGCUGUUAGUUCCCAGUCCAACCAGAUGGGACUAGGUUUUGUAACCAUCCUUCUGUCUGUUUGUCUGUACAUCUGUCUGUCUGUACAUCUGUCUUUCUGUCUGUUUGUCCCUAUGUUGCAUAGACUCGCUAUGCUUAUAGAUAGCGAGCUGAAAUUUUAUGUAUAGCUUUUUUGUGUCCCGUUACAGUUCAAGUUUGACUUUCAGGGCGAUUUACUCAUUGUUCACAGAGUUAUGUCCCUUGAAGUUGGGAGAUAGAAAAAUAUGUUAGACCCGGUAUGGGACAUGUAUUGGUUUAGCAGUACUCACAGAAUGUUUGUGUUUUUUAACAGAGAAAGUCUACCCUUAGUUGAUAAUCCCUGUAUUUAUGUGUUUAUAGUAUAAACUGAAUUAUUUGUGUAUAUAUAUAUAUAUAUAUAUAUUAGUGUUACCAUGUAACAUUAAACAUAUUGGUACUUUA